UUGUAGCUGCAGCUGGAAUCUGAUGUUACGUCUCCACGAAGAGCUGAUCUCUGAUCCGAUUCUUCUCCGUUCAGGGUGCUGAGGUCGGCUGCCGGUCAUGUCGCGGCACAGCAAGCUGCAGAAACAGGUCCUGGCUCUGUACCGGCAGUUCCUGCGAGCUGGUAAGGACAAACCGGGCUUUAUCCCCCGAAUCCGUGACGAGUUCAGGGGGAACUCUCGCAUCAAGAAGACGGACGUGAUGCACAUCGAGUAUCUUUACAGGCGAGGCCAGAGGCAGCUGGAGCAGCUGAAGGACGUCAACACCAAACAGCUGGGCUCCUUCUCUAAAACUAAAGACCCCAGCUGAGACCACUAGACCCCACAGAUACCUCACAGACCCAACAUGUCACCAGUCUGCUGCUGCUCAUGGUGAAACUGGUGUGAAGGAAACAUGCUGUUGUGAACGUUAUCACAAUGAUAAUAAAUUGUAAUAAACAUUAAAACUCUCAAAAACAAUAACUAGAAAAGUCUGUCUUACAUGCAA